AUGGCCCGCAACGUGACCUGGAUCAAUGAGAAUGUCGGCGACCCGCGGAAAAGAGCCCUGGAGCGGUCAAGAGCACUUUCACAUGCAGCGAAGUUCUCACAUCCCAAGAACAAGCCUGCGCGGCAGCCCGACAAGGACGGAGACGACAAUGCAUCUGGUUAUGUCAUCGACCACUCACAAACACCACUGCCGUUGGUCGCGUGGAAAGGUAACUCCGACCCAUUCAGCUCCACCACUGUUGCAGUGACCCCACGAAUGCACCAAGCUUUCGAGUUCCUGCGGGACGGCUUGAUUCCCAGCACACACUUCAAUGCCGGCUCAAAGCAGCAGCCAUGGUCCAGAAGGUUUCUGGCAUCGCGAACAAUGCGCAAGCAUAUCGAGUCCAUGUCCGACGAGUGGGCUGCGUUGGGAGAGAUGCUCCCACUUACUGCAGCCAUCUCGCGUCUGUCCGGUUCGCACGAGCUGCAGACCGAGACGGCGAAGUCGAAGAUGAAGAUCAUCCGGCGUCUGCAGACUGACAUGUCCGGUCUGAACAAUUCUGCCAUCAGGGACCAGUUGAUUAGUCUGACGAGGACGUUAUUUGCUGCAGCGACGUUCGAGAACAACUUUCCAGAAGCCAGAUUGCAUGGACUGGCACUUCGCCGCCUUUUGGAGCAGAAGAGCGCUAUUGAGGGCAUCGAGUCUAUUGAGAUCAGCCUCAUCUGGAGCUCCCUGUACUAUGAUGCGCAGAUCUCCCAUUGUACCGUGCAACUGUCGAUCUUUGAUGUUGACGUGUGGGCGCCGCUGGCGUUGAGGGUCGCAGCACGGCCUGUCUUCGAGUAUCUCGAGCCGCUGCGCGAGUCAGUCGCACAUUCGUUGGAUCCGAGCUUGAGAUACUGUCCCAUACUGAAGGAUGUCUGCAUCGAGAUCUAUCAGGUCGUUUGGCUGUGGGGUAGAGCGGAGCCUCUAAGUUCACAGAUCGAUGGGCCGAUGAUGAACGUGUAUCUCACAAUGAGCCACAACUUGUUCCAGCUUAAGCUUAGCAAUCACUUUGUCCGCCUCCGCGAAGCGCUCGAUGAUGGCAGCGACAUGGGCUCGACGCAGCUCGAUAGACAUCUGGAGGCCGCCAUGACGUUGUCAAUGAUUGCUUACCUUGCCUUGUUUACCGGAAAUCCACGGAUCGCUGGUCAGUAUAUGUGGCCGCGGGUGAGGCUGUUCACCUCGCUGCUGCACCACCACUUGACGAAGGCGACCGAGCGAGUCGCCUCGUCGGAGUCGUCAUCGUCGUCGAGAACUCUACCACUAGUUCAAGACCAGCCACAAAACAUGCUGCUCUUCGCCCUGUGGGUUGGAGCAACGUGGGAACAAAAUGACGCACUUGCAACGGCAGAUGUGCCGUCGUGGUGGUUUCGAGAGCGAUUCGUGAGAACCGCACAAGCUUCAGGCUUAAAGAACUGGAAUAUGAUCCGGGCCGUCGUAGACGGAUUCGUCCCAAACCGGUUUGCGAAGCCAAGAGGUGAGAGCUGGUUGAUGAGGCCCUUGCGACAGCGGUGGUUUGGGAAGACUGGGGGGCUGAUGUGGGGAGGUCAUCAUCGCUUGACCGACCAUUAG